CGCCGCUUCAUGGAUGUCGAUGGAACAUUGGCUUCCCCUGCUGCCCGGUCCCUUCUGUCUUGGCCCAGGUUUUCUGAUAUGAAAUGAUACACAAGUCCAGAAGAAAAAAUCAAACAGCCAUGCUUCAGUCUGUCACAGUCGGUUUACAGCUUAAUAACUAGUGUCAAGGUGUCUAUGAAGCAGGCACUGUCCAGUGUCCAACUGUGGUGGUUCUGGGAAUAUCCCAGGUAUGAUUGCCUUAAAGCGAAUGACUGUAGCGCAGAACAGUGAUCGACUUUAGAGAAGUCCCACUGCAGUAUAGAAAAGCGAAAACACAGCAUCCACUGGCAAUGUCAACGCUCUGCUCUGUGAUGAGUUUAAACCGGGAGUUCAGGCUGAGGAACAUGCUCUACCUCGACAAUACGGGGCAGCCCUAAACUCUGCACCAUCACCCUCUCUACCCUCAGCCAUGAGUGUAACUGUAAGCUGAUAGUAUGUGAUCAACUCCAACGUGGCACCUGCCAUCCUGCUGCUUCACCAACUCGAUAAAAAGUUGGACUAUUAGUCUGUGUUGUAAAAAUGGCAGAAGAGGGUUUCCAACUCAGAGCAGAGGACAACGGACUCCAACCAGCUGAUUUCCCAACGUCAUCGCUAGCAUCCCUCCAUCUCAGGGACGAGGCUGCAGUCAUCAACGAGAGCACCAACCAUAUGGUGGAUAAUCCUGAGCCCCAUUCUGUAUUGCCUGUGAUGAUGUCAUCACCUCUUACCCAAUCACGACAGGAGACAGACAUUUCCAUGGCUACUAGGCCUGAGCCAUCACCAGCAGUUCAAGUUGAUUUUGCAGAGUUCUUGGAGCCCGACACAGGUCAAAGCGACAGCGAGGCUGAGGCUCAGACCCUGACAGCGUUCCUGCAGGACCUUUCCUCCCCUGUUGAUCAUGAUGAUGUGUUUCCUGCCCUAAGAAUUGGUAUUGUCGAGGAAGGAGAACGUCAACCGAACAACAACAUAUCCAAAGAAAUGGCAGCCAGCUCUGAUGACAACCAUCUGUUUGAUGCAGAGUGGUACUGGGGAAAUAUCUCGAGAGAGGAGGUAAAUGAGAUGAUGAGAAACACUCCUGAUGGCACAUUCCUGGUCCGAGAUGCUUCCAGUAAGAUUAAGGGGGAAUACACUCUCACACUGAGAAAGGAUGGCUCCAACAGACUCAUAAAGAUCUUCAGUCAAAGGGGGAAGUACGGCUUUUCAGAACCACUACCCUUUUCCUCCAUGGUGGAGCUGAUCCAGUAUUACCAGAACAAGUCUCUGGCCCAGUAUAACUCUAAGCUGGACACACGACUACUCUACCCCAUAUCCAGAUACCAGCAGCAGCAGGUUGUGAUGGAAGUUGACAUUGAUGCAGUUGGAGAACAGCUGAGGAUAUUUCAGGAUCAAUACAAAGAGAAGAGCAAAGAGUAUGACCAUCUGUAUGAAAAGUUUAACCAAACCUCGCAGGAGCUGCAGAGCAAACGGACAGCCAUAGAGGCUUUCAGUGAAAUCAUUCGGAUCUUUGAGGAGGAGUGUGAAACUCAAGAACGCUACAGCAAGGAAUACAUCGACAUGUUCCUCACAUUAGACAGCAGUGCAGAGAGUGACAAGAUUCAAAGCAAUUCAGAGGAGCUGCAGUCGAAGGUGGAGGAGAUCCACAGCAGCAAAAAGAAGUUGGAGGAGGAGCUGGGGAGGAAGGCUCUGGCUCAUAUGGAGGUUGACAAGAAAAUGAACAGCCUGAAGCCUGACCUUAUGCAGCUGAGGAAGCUCAGAGAUCAAUACCUUAUCUGGCUCACACAGCAAGGCACUAGGCAGAGCCAGAUUGAUGAUUGGCUAGGCAUCAGGAAUGAAGAAGAAGACCCAUACACCCUAGCAGAUGACACUCACCAGGAGGAGAGAAGUUGGUAUGUUGGUGGUAUGAAACGGAAGGAGGCAGAGGAGCUGCUGAGGGGAAGGAGGGACGGGACUUUCUUAAUCAGAGACAGCCAGACUCAGAGAGGCUCCUUUGCUUGCUCAGUUGUUGUGGAUGGGGAUGUGAAGCACUGUGUGAUCUAUAGGACAUCCACAGGGUAUGGCUUCGCUGAGCCCUACAACCUAUACUCAUCCCUGAGAGAGCUGGUCCUGCACUAUCGACACACAUCCCUGAUCCAGCACAACCAGCAGCUGAAUGUAACCCUGGCCUGGCCCGCUCUCAGCCAGCAGCCCAGCUGAGACACACCAGCACGCCACCCUGAUGCCAUUUUCCCUAAAGCUUCACUGUAUUUGCACUGAGGACGCAUCAAUACGGACACUGUUACCAGACCGUAACACAGCACCGGUUAGUGUCACUAUAUGAGAGAUUUGGAUAUCUAAAAAUCCUACACUGGUAAGACCUUACAGCAACGAAAAAAGUUUGUUUAGUUCAUUGUCAGCUUUGUCAGUUAAAUACAUUACAUAUGCAGCUCCUGGUAUCAGUCAGACUGGAGCCCAGCGCUAAUCUACUUCUCCACUUUCUUUUUUAAAGCUAUUACUACUAAUAUUAAAAAUCCCAUUUAUUUGCCAUCUGCACAUACAGCUUGCAAAACACAAUUGGGAUUAAGUGCUUAGCAUUUUACAGCAUUCAACAUUGAAUUAAAUCUUUUGCAGCAGUACUAAAAUAAUACCUCAACAUCAUGACAACACCAGUACUUGUAUCAACAAGUUUCCCAAACCUGUGCUGGUAUUAAAGUUGCAAAAAUCUUAACAGUGUAUUGGUUUAUGAUGACAUAAUAAUAUAUGGAUACUAGUAUCUAACUUUCAGAAUACUAAUACUAAACUAAUUGAACAAAAAAGCUGAUAAAUAUAAUUUGGCUGGUUUUCUUUCUGUAUAAAAAUGAAUGAUACAUUUCAAUGGUGGAGAGAAUGUAAUGGAAGUCCUAAUCCACACAUGACAUUUUAAAAGGCACGUACAAUAAAUUUGAGAAUACUGAAGCAGCAAAUAUUCUGCUUUGAACAGUAUCCAAAGUCAUGGUCUUUGGAUUUCUGGCUCAAAACAAACACUAAAAUAAUGUCCAACAAUCCAUAAUGCUCUGUAUUUUGUGGAGCCAGGCAAAAUUUACUAUGAAUAUAUGUAUAUAUGUUAAAUCUAUAUAAUUAGUGCAGUGCAGUUGUAAUGUUUAGUUGCUUCUGGGAAACUGAGCUCAGGAUGAGACUCUGCACUACCAAGCACAUGUGCAUUAUGGUUAGUGUAGGAAGUGAGGAGACACACAAGCACUUUAUCCAAAACAAGACAACCAGAACAGACACAGAGAUGAGAGCUGUGCACCAUAACACUGAUUCACAUACUGAUGUUGCUGGUUGAAAAGAAGUUCAAAGUUUUUAUUUCAUUAAUUAGGGAUAUAGAAAUUAUUUUAUUACCGACAUCUGUGAAUCAUUCAGUUUUAACACUGAGUGAAAACACUCGAUGGUAAAUACACUUGUGUCCUGUCUUCAUUCUGCACAUUUCUGGACUAUCUUCAGGACAUUACAAAUGAGACACAAUAUGAAUUUGUGGAUUCUACCUCUGAAGUGUGUUUAUGCUUUAAAAGCAUUGUCAUUAUAGCUUCUUUCAAAUUAUUCUGAUGGCAGACAGAAAAAUAGGACAAUCAUGGUAAAUUUUGUAUAAUCUAAGUGUUGCUUUAAGCUCACUCACUUUUUAAACACUUAUAAGUGUUAGUAAUAAUAUAUGAGCGGGUAUUAACUGUGAAGCAGCAGACACAAAGCACAGGCAAAUACUGAAAGCAUUUCUGCAUGUCGUGUACAUGCAAAACACACUUACUUAGGUAUAUUUGAGAUAUCAGUCUGGCUCAGAUCAGUCUUUGAUGAGUCAGACAGGUGUUUCUUAAUUUCUUUAUUUCUUUUCUGAGGAUUUUGGUUGGAGUCAGUGAUCUAAAAGACUCUGGAGCCUGAUGUGAAGUGAUAAUAUCUAAGUCUUUUAGAUUUCGGGUCCUGGUUGAAAAGUGCCCUUAAGUGUUCCUGUUCCAGCCGUCAUAAUUUACUUUAUUACUCUCAGGACAGGUGUCUUGGCCCGUACAUGAGUGUGAUUUUAGGUGUAAACAAAAAUGUUGUGAUGAACUGAACACUGAGGUUUGGCUACAAAAGCAUGAGUACCCUGGAGUGCCCUCAAGAAAAGCGUUAUCAAAGGUAGUUACCAUUUAAAUCAAAAAAUUAUAUUUUGUAAAUGUGAGUCAAAUAGACCUCAUUUCGCUGAGUGUUACCACAUUGAACUUACAUCACACUUGG